AUGUCGUUCAAAGUUGAUUAUCCAUUGUGGAUUUCAUUGUGGCUCGUGAUCCAAAUUGCUUUGCAAACUUGGGAUGCUGCCUUUGUCAUGUUGAGACCUAGAUCUAUGAAGGGUGGAGAUUUCUUUGCUAUUUUCGCUCCUUAUGAUUUGUAUAUUCAAGUAGACAAAUCGUAUGGUGAAUUGCAAAAUGGCUUUGUUAUUGCUCAGACCCUUGUUAACUUUUUGGAAAUUUUAUUGAUUAUUAUUGGAUUGUUGAGCAGAAAGUCAUUCUGUGGAUUUUCACUCAUCUUGUUAGGUUCAAUCAUGAGUUGUUCCAAGACAAUUUUAUACUUUUUGGUUGAUAUCUGUGAUGGAUUUGAAUUUACUGGACACAAUGAUUGGCCAACUUGGAUUAGUUUGUACUUUAUUCCAUCAUUUGUUUGGAUCAUCUUCCCUGCUUUGACUGUCAUGUGGGGAUAUGGUGUUUUGACUAGACAUGUUCAUGGUAAUACUGAAAAGAAACAAAACUAG